UUUCUCCUGAGUCAGGCAGAGGAGAGGAAGCAGGCGGAGCAGCAGGGAAAGGAACUGUUUGCAGACAAGGGCUUGGAUUCCUCAGAGAGGACUCUGUGGGAAACCAGAGAGAGGCUGUUGGGUGACCAAAUGAUGCCAUCAAGACAUGCUCCUCCAUCUUUUCAUGGUGCUGGAGGGGAAGCAGCGGCUGUGGAACCAGAUCAAGGUCCAGUGUGCUUUGAAGAUGUUGCUGUUCAUUUCACAGAUGAGGAAUGGGUGUUGCUGGAUCCUGACCAGAGAGCUCUGCAUAAGGAAGUCAUGGAGGAGAAUCGUGAGGUCAUGGACUCUCUCAGUGCUGAUGAAUUGGAAAUUAAGAACAAGAAGAGACCACUGCAAAAUCCACACAGUGGAGAAGCCAUAUAA